AUGGCCGACCUCUCCCAGCACACAAACUACAACGCAAAUUACUCCGGCCUCCUCGACAACCUCUGGCUCACCCUCGCCAUCGCAGGCGUCUGUCUCAUCGGUCACGAGCUCGAGGUCCACGUCCCACGACAAAGGGGCACAGACGGACCCCGGCGCCUGCUCGUAGUCAGGAUAUACCAAGCGCUCAGGGGCUGGAAGAGACGCAAAUCCAGUAGAUCGCACCACCCUCAACAGGGAGACGGGCGGACGAGCAGUGAGGGGCUCGUCGAGGACAAGGCGAACAGGCCCAGCGAUCGGCCAAAGUCACGCGAGGACUGGGAGUUUGGAUAUAUAUACCAGCCAAAAGUGUGGGCAGUCAAUGCCUCGCAAUCUCUCCCCAAAUGGCCUUUGGCGUGGAUCGUAGCCAGCCUCAAGUUCAAGGAGACCGACAUGCCUGCCAAAUGCGGUCUAGAUCUCACGCUUCAUGCGAGAUUCCUGCGUGCCUCCUUCUUCUAUACCCUUUUCCAUGCCCUCAUCAUUAUGCCCAUUCUCAUGCCCCUCCACAUAUUCUAUUCUCCCAGCGACGUCGCCAAAACCUCCAUGCUUCGCGCAUCCAUCUCAUCCCUCGUCAAAUCGUCAGGAUCCAAGUGGCUCUGGGUACACGCCCUCUUGAUCUGGUGGGUUUCCAUCACCUGGAUAUGUGUGGUGCUGUGGAUUACUUGGGGCGCUCUGUCCUACAGAAGACGAGAGAUCAGAGCGUUAGGGGUAAAGCUGGAAGAGGAGAAGGCAGCGGCCAGGCUAAAGUCUCGCGGGGAGGAAGGCCGGGAUGAUAUCCAUCCUUACGCGGAUCGCCCCGGGCUCAAGCGAUUCCGAACCGUUAUGGUCACGAACAUCCCGCCCGACAUGCGAGACGAGAAAGUCUUGAGAGAGUACUUUGACUACUACCUGCGCCACCAUGCUCUAAAGGCUGAUCCACAGAAACGAGGUCCGAUUGGUACAAUAAUCAAGCAAGUCAUACCGAUUGGGCAGAACCCUUCCUACUCCGUGGAUGUGGAGCCCUCAGAGGGGAGUGAUGUCGAAGAAAUCGUUCUGGUCCGGAAACUGAGUAGACUGCAAAACCUACGCAACCGGAGAGAGAACGUUUUGAGACAACUGGAAAUUGCACACACGAAGCUGGCACAGCGUGUUCUUCGUGAGGUCACAAAGUAUCACCGACAUCCUCGAAAGUUACAUCAAAUACAAGAUCCCGUCAAACUCGCGCUCAUGUCUAUUCUCGUUGAAGCGCUCAAGCCCUAUGUCAGCGCAAAGACCACUGAAUUAGACGACACCAUAUGGGACAUUCUGCACUCGGUCCCUCGGGAAUGCCUAGACCCAUUUCAAGAACUGACUCACUCGCCCAUAAUUGCGCCACUCUACAAAAACAAUGCCCCCAAAAUUGACUACCUUACCCUCAAGCUCAAUUACAUUACCGAUCUGAUCGACGAAGCCCAAUCAACGCCGAUAGAAGAUUAUCCUGCUGCCUCAACAGCGUUCGCCACGUUCAAAGACGCCAAGACAGCACGCUUGGCGCUCAAGAUUCUUGAUAGUCACCCGAAGAGGACUUUGUCUUGUCGAACGACGGCGGCGCCAGAAUGGACAGACUUGCUAUGGCCACGGCUAUAUAAAAGCGCGUAUAGAUCAGAAUUCGUGCGAGGUUGGGUGGUAAACCUUGGGGUGUGGGCGUUCACUUUGGUUUGGAUCUUUCCUGUUUCUAUCUUGUGUGCAUUGGCAUCUCUAACCAACAUCGCCGGAUUUGUGAAACCUCUCCAGACGUUCCUGGAUGAACACCCGAAAGCAGCGUCAGCCACCACCUCCUUGGCUCCCGUCAUCUUCGUAGCUCUCUUGACUCUUGCUAUCUGUCCGCUCUUGUUGGUCAUCGCGAAUAAGGCCGAGACAACUGUGACCAGACUGGGAAUACACAACAGCGUUCUGGAGCGUUUUUGGAAAUUUUUGAUGGUCAAUGGAGUUGUGUUCUUUGCUAUCGGCCAAUCUACCAUCGAGGCAUAUCUCACCGCAUUCCAGGCAAAGUCUUUUGAUCCAUUGCCGAUCAUAUCCUCUGCUUUCCCCACUGCCGCGCCAUAUUUCUCAUCCUACAUCCUGUUGCAAGUGGCCAUCCAGCCAUUUUUCGAGAUCUUCCGUCUUGGACUUCCCACAAUUGUCUAUGUAUUUGGUACUCGGCAGUCUACGACACUGGCAAUUGCUGACCGUAUUUCCAGCCCUACGUUCAGCCACUUUUCACAGCUGCCUCAACAUGUUCUCGGGGGUGCUAUCAUGCAUCUGUUCAUGCUUUUGAACCCGCUCGUGAUUGCUUUCAGUAAGUCGAGGUAUCCUCUAAGUAGCAAAAGCUUACCUUCAAUAGCGCUUGUGUACUACGGAGCAUUGUACACUGUCUGGAAGCGUCAAUUCGUGUUCGUUUAUGGGCGCCUUUACGAGACCAACGGUCGACGGUCAAGCAUCCGUAUCCAGCGAUAUAGCACCGACGCCCUCGCGCUGGCUCAAUUUGUCCUGUUUGCCUUUUUCAUCCUAAACAAAGCCAAGGGACACGCCGUAGCUACAGGUAUACUUUUUGCCUUGACUCUGUCAACCAAGGUAGUCAUCACCCGGGCGCUCAAGAGACGAUUUGACAGGUUGGACCACGAAGAAGCCGAUCUUCUCUGUCCUCCUGCAAACAACUUGAUCAGCGGAAACGAACAGGGUGGCUCUGACCAUUCUGACUCUUCUGACGACGAAGAGACCUUCGAGGAGCGAGGAAAACAAGAAAGAGACUCCACAUCCACAUUUCAAACGGUCAGAAGAAACUUUCGUUAUUGGACAGGUGGUUGGAUUGGUAAACACCAAUUGCCUUCUGAGCGCAAGCCUAUACCUUUUGACCGCACGUUCUUCACCACCCUCGACUCAAAAGUCUACUUGAAAGAGCGUACAGAUUUCAACACAGCGCUUGAUGAUCUCUCGCCAAAAUUGACUCCUCUGCACGAAAUGCAUGGACUGGCGCUGGUGUCUCGCCACCCUCCUCUACCUCCCUGGGAGGACAUUCCUCCGUAUCACCGGUCCAGAGGAUAUGAUGACCAGCCUGCCUAUACCGAUCCCUAUGAGGAGUUUUUACUCCUUCAGAGAGAUCCCAGGUCGGCUAUUGAUCUGGACGAUUGCGUUGAAGUGCGCCUCUCUUUGACGACCUCAUCGGGCGGACCAGGGCAAAUCAGCGACUGGUCUGUCGACUUACCGAAAUACGACGAGUCAGAGGAGGAGAACACUGUGUCUCCUGCGGCCUCGAGACCUGCGCCUUACAGAUCAAAAACAGAGCCCCUUUUCUCACAUGUCGACAGCCCCGGUCUCUCGCCUGAGAAAGAGCAACAUGUAUGGUAUGACGGAGUCCCCGGGGGCGCGAUCCGUCGCCAUACUGAUGCCCCUUCGCCGCCACGUCUGUCCCAACUGUUCAGGGACCCGCAAACGAUAUCCGAGUCACCCGGGGGAGAUAUCAUGAUGCGCACAUUUGCUUGCUCCUCUGCGAUUCCGCAAACAGAUAGCCCUGCGACUUUGGGUCAUGACUCUGAGAGGGCUGCGAUCCAUUCAGAGUCUGCAACAUCUUUGCCUGAGCCGAUAUUGGGGAAUGACAAUGCGCCAUCUACGCCACAGAAAGAGCGUCACAUUAGUUACCGCGAGUCUACCUCGGACCAUGUGGAGACGCUCUAUACACCGAGUCGCUCUCCAAGUGGGGUCGCUAGAUCGACAACAUUGCUUACUCCUCGAGUAGCCCGGUCUGCGAGCUACAUAUCAGGUCGACAUCGGACUGUUAGUGCCUCGUCAGCGCAGCAACAGGCUUUGCUGGAUGAAGUUAUGGAGGAAGAAAUUAGGGAAAGCCGAGGCAUCAACGAAGCAGAAGAUCAGGAAGACGCGAAGGAGAUGGAAGAAGUCUCGAAAGAACUGCACCGAUUGAAUCGAAAAGACACUUCUUCUCAAAAAGAUCUCAGAAGAAGAAGAUCCCGGGCCGCUACUGCCGUGUCCUUGGUCAGUUCGCGUUCUGGAAAGCGCUCGGUUACAACACAUCAUUGA